ACAAGAACUGUCGUAAUUUGUAAAUGGGGUGGCCCCCAGGGAGAUUUAUCAACCUCAGAUUUUGACAAUUUAACUAAACAAGACAAGAGAUGGUGAAACCAAAACGCGUUAUUAUGCACCACCAGAGACAGAAACAGAUGAACAGAAGGAGAAAAAGUUGCGAGAUUUACUAGACGCACACCAACUGUUUGUUAAAAGUUCCAAACCAGCUAUGGUUGAGGAAAUUGGGUUAGGUGACCGAAAAAACAGCAAGCUGCGUAGCAAUUUACAAGCUAGCUAAUGCCUGCAGAUUGGGCAUGGAAGAAUUAUGAAAAAAAUAAACCCAUUUUUGAAAAGGGGGUGGGUGGGCACAGGCACACAACACAUGCUUUCGUUAACUGCUUAUGGUCGUGGGGUGAUUGUUUGGGAUGUCGGCCUUCACGAUUAGCUCACGCCCUUUCUUUGUUUCUGCCGUCUCUCGACACCUCCACUUUCCACCCCCUCUCCCCCAUGACCCCAUUUUUUUUGCCAUUUCUGUUUGGUUUUGGCUAAAAACUGAAACCCCAUUCUUUCACUUUCACCAGUUUAUUCAAGAUGUUACAGUCCACGUGCCCUCCUCCACUGCUCACGAAAAGAUUGGUUCAAAUAUCUUUUGCCAUUUCUAACCAAUAUAAAUACAGAGCUCUCUUCUGCUUUUCUCUUCCAACCAACCCCUCAAAUUUCUCGUUUUCUCUCUGCAAAUUCCUUGGAUUCUUUACAAAUAUCAACAAUGGCUUCCCUAUCAGCUCUCUUUCUUCUCUUACUUGUGUUUUCUUUUGGAAAUGUGGCAUUUGGGACUGUUUUUACUCUUCAGAAUCAUUGCAGCUACACUUUAUGGCCGGGAACGCUCUCCGGCAAUGGUGCGGCGGUUCUUGGCGAUGGCGGUUUCCCUCUGGUUCCAGGGGCUUCUGUGCAACUGACGGCGCCGCACGGCUGGUCCGGCCGGUUCUGGGCACGAACGGGCUGCGUCUUCGACGGCUCCGGCAACGGGAAAUGCCAGACGGGUGAUUGCGGUGGCGCACUUAAAUGCACCGGCGGCGGCGCGCCGCCGGUCACCCUGGCGGAAUUCACCGUCGGGUUGAACAGCGGCGAUAAGGAUUUCUACGACAUUAGCCUCGUGGACGGGUACAAUGUGGGGAUCGGCGUCCGGGCAAGCGGCGGAACCGGCGACUGCCAGUACGCCGGCUGCGUGGCGGACUUGAACGGAAUCUGCCCAGCGGAGUUGCAGGUAAUCGAUUCCGGGUCCGUCGUGGCCUGCAAGAGCGCUUGCGCCGCCUUCAAUUUGCCGGAGUUCUGUUGCACCGAAGACCACUCGACGCCGCAGACAUGCCCGCCGACGCAGUACUCGGAGAUGUUCAAGAACGCCUGCCCGGCGGCGUACAGCUACGCCUACGACGACGCCUCCAGCACGUGCACAUGUUCCGGGUCGGACUAUUUGAUUAGCUUUUGCCCGUCGGGUUGAUAAUUAAGUCUACAUUUGUUUUCUUAGGUUGGGUUUGCAAAAUUGAUUAAAGAAAACUAAUUUGAUUGCUGGAUUUGGAA